AUGCCUCCAAAUGAUGAUGAUGCUCAUCAUCAUAAUCGUGAAAUUGAGAUGACAUCAUAUGAAGCUAACGAUAGUAACAAUAAUCCUAUCUCUGCAUCUACCUCCAACAAUCCGCCGUUAAACAAAUCUCGCCACAACCCAGAUAAUCAAGGAGUUUUGAAAAUCAUUUCAAACUUGAUCAUGAACCCAGAAGCAGACGGAAGUGUUAUUAUAACACCGGACAAAGUCCAACUUCUAAAAUCCCUGAUUGGGGUUGAAGAAUUCAUCAAUGUGAAGACCCUUACCAUGAUGGAUAAGAUAACCUCCAGAUUGGAUGCUAUCGAGAAGAGUAUUUCUAAGUCCACCCCCACUACCAAGACCCCCACUGCUAAUUGGUCUACCAUAGUUAAGAAAUCCCACCCCGUUCCUAACACCACCAUAGCUCGCGCCCCCCCCAGUGUUCGAGUAAUAAAUGAAUUUAAACCCUCCUUUUUCACAAUUCGUAAGACGGUCCCAGAAGCCCAGGCCUUUGCUCAAAAAAGCCCCGCGCAAAUAAUUGAGAAAGUGAAUUCAGUCCUUUCCAAUAUGGAAGCUAAGACUGAAGAUGGUACUCCCAUUACCAUUAAAGGUGCAAUUUCACUCCCUUUGGGAGAUAUCAAGUUUUUCACCCCCACCAGAUUUGCCACCAAUUGGCUUCUGGAACACAAACACGAGUGGACUCACUUAUGUGAUCCAGCCUUAGUCACCCCUCAGACCUCCUUCCCGGUCAUAAUCCACACUGUCCCCAUAUCAUUCACUCCAACUAACAAAGCCACUAUUGCGGACUUGUGUAGAGAAAACAACGGAAUGGACUCCCAUUCCAUCCAAAGUAUGAGAUGGUUGGGAAAUCCACAAGCCAAUAAAAAGGCCCACGGUUCAAUAAUCAUGAACCUUCUUGACAAAGAAAUUGUGAAAAAAAUAGAAAAAGGGGGAUUAUUCUUUAAAGGAUUAUACUUUAAAGGUGCUCAUUACAAAAAGUCUCCGAUGCAAUGUUCUCAAUGCUUGGAAGUAGGCCACACAGCUCAAGUGUUGUACUCAGUAUGA